ACAGGAAAGGAGGGCUCGGGGUUAGAAUCGCCCAGCAGCCGUCGGGCCUGACCGAGAGGGCGCAGAAAGGGGCAGCUGGCAGCGGGGCGAGGGGGGCGAGCGCGCGUGCAAGAACAACGCACAAUGCGGAGAGCGGGAAGCAGCGGCCAGCCAGCCACUGAGAAGAAAAGCGGAGCAGCAGACCCUUUCCGGAAGCCGGCUUCGCCGCACGAGUCGGCGACUCGCCGCUCGGCUGUUCUCCCGCACGGACAGAGCGACGCAGGUCGGCGUUGGUAGCGGACGGUCGCUCCUCUCGGCUUGCCGCUGCCGGUUCUUCUUCCCACCGGCUGAGAGAGGACGGCGGCACGCAGCAGUGCAGCAGUUGCGGCGCAGAAGCGCCGGCGCGCGCGUGGCUCGCGCGUGCGUUCGCCUGCGUCGGAGCCUCUACCAACAACGCAGCUGUGCGGGCGGCUGGGCCGCCGUCGUUCGUCGUCGCCCAAGUGUCGCGAAAAAACAAGGUGAAGGCCGGAUCAGCGCGCGCGACGACACUGCAGCAGCUGCCGCUCACCGAAACGGCAGUUCUCCCGUGAUGCUCCGGUGCGCGGCGUCGUCAACAGCGACGUCAUGACGCAGCCGGACGUACCGCGCUGGGAGUCGCACGUUCUGUGCGCCCCCGGCGCCGUCGGCAUCGCAGCAUCAGCGCCGGAAGAAGAGUACAGCGGCGGCAGCGCAGGCGGCAGUUGCAGCAGCGACACCACCAGGCUGGAGUCGGCCUCUUCCAUCGGCGAAGAGGACUCCGACUCGGGGAGCUGGUGGUCCUACCCGUCCGAAUGCGGCUCUGUGGUCGAGCUCAACAGAGCCGCCGCAGGAGUCACCAACGGUUUCGCCGCCGGCAACAAGCACCACGAUCAUUCCGAACCACUACCUAGCACCUGCCCACCGACGACGCCUUCGAAUUAUGUUGCCACUUCAUCAGCGACUCCCGUUGAUGCCGUUGUUGCAACUGCGGUCAUCUACAGCGACGCCAGCAGAAAAGGUCCCGGUGGUAAUCCCCGUGGAGGUGCAGUGAUUUUACCUCCGUCGCCAGAUCGGCCUCUCAAAUCACGGUGUGUCAACGGACGUUCGGGAAGUGUGAGCGACGUAAACGCGCAGGAUUACAACGUCACUAAUCGUGGAAGCGCCGGGCAUGGAGCGAACGCCGAAAAUCAGCCGUUUGAACCGCCGCCGCGUCGCGCCUCCGUCACCGGUGGCGAGGGGUCGCCAACAGCUGACCACUGCAACAACCAGGUGAACACCGGCAGCCACGCGCUUCUGAAACCGGCGGGCAAGAUCGUAAACAGCGGCCGAGCCGCCGCGAUCCGCAAAAGCGCACUCGCGACAGAGACUCGACACAGCGCGCCAUCUAUCGUGCGGCACGUCACAUUCAAAGACCUCUCAGCGUCAUCUGGUAGCGACGACGAUGACUACGCGAGCGGGCAUGGCCGAAAUCGAAACUCGGCUAGUUACCAUGGGGACGAUCAACAGAACGCCGAGGCUGACCUGGAUGACUCGGGUUACUUGGACGGGGACAGCACUUCGAGUUCGAGCGACAUCUCGCCCCCCAGCAGUCUGAGCUGGGAGUCGGCGAUCGAUAGCUCGAGCUCGCGCAAGAGCCACGGCCGCUCGGCGGACCAGCAAUGCUUCGUCGACAGCGGCGGUGGCGGCAACAGAAACGGUACGCAUUCACCUCCCGGGCCUCGAAGUGAAAGCCGCGCAGGAGUGGCUGAAGAGCGCCGGACCAAAAGCAUGAACGGCAUGCACCGCGACAGCAGCGAUAACUCGACGUUGAGCUUUGUGCAAACGGAGAUUUGCGUGUCACAGAGCGUGAGACGUGAGGACAGCUACGAGUACUACCGGAACGGAACGCGCAUUGCGAAGCUCAACAACGUCAAUCAGACAUCUUGGAGUGAAACGAGCAGCACCGAAACUACGGAGCGAUGCACGCCACUGGGAAAACGCACCGAUGUCGAGAAGACGGUGUUUCGAGAGCAGACGACACCGCAGCCGAAACCGCGCGGUAGCCAAGCCGAUGAUGCAGCCAAGACAAGCGCUCCGCCGCAGCCGACGCGUCGGGUGCUGCCCUCUGUGGAUGGAGCGCGUAAGCGUCAACCGGAAGGGGGGAUUCAGAGGCGCCAAUCGGCAACGCGGGAAAGUGGGAAGCAGAAGAAAGAGAGCGCCGGCGGCGGUGGAGUAAGGAAUGUCGGCGGCAGCGUGAACCCAGCCUUCGUCUCCAGUGCGGCCAACGACGCUUGUCAGCAGCGCGAGUAUCAUCGCUGGAGGCAGCAGAAGACGCCGCAGCAUCCCGUUGCCGCGUACGACGACGAAGGCACCUCCUGCGACUUGGAAGACGACGAAGAGGAAGACAGCGUUGAAAGUCAACUUUUCGAGGAGGAAGAUGUGAGUUUUCACUUGGAAAGCCCGCCGGCCGCGCGCCACCACAAACAGAGAGCGGGAACAGUGAGCGCGACAGCAACAUCGCGCGCCGUCGCGCGAUCCCGCGGCGGCAGCACGACUGAGCCCAGCCGCGCGUCCGCCCUGGCAUCGGUGCGGGCGCAGUCGCGCGAUCCGUUUCUCGCGCUGGCAGUAGCCACAGCGAAAGCAGCAACCACGGCGAGUGCCGAAGCGUCGCGUGAAAUCUACGCUGGGUGCAAGCAGUUCGCUCCGCCACCAGAUCUGGACGUCGUAGUGCGCACGGCCUGCUCGGUCGGCGGCUCAGAAGAUGCCGUCGACCGGGCCAGGCACGCGCGAAGUCAGCCUGCGGAUGACAUCGUCUCCGUCUCGUCUUCACCGGUGUACAAAGCCAGUUCCUCAUCGGCCCGCUCUGACGUCCGGCUGCCGACUCCCGUGCGCUACAAGGAGUUUUCGUCGCUGCACCUCAAGAAAUCCGGCGGCAGCAGGGAACACGUGAACGGUCAUCACAAAGAAGGCGACGUGUCUCCUCUCUUGGAACGUGAGCCGCUGCCUUGCGAGCAACGUUCUUUUCACGUUCACUCGGACGUUUUGCCAACACGAGCGGACAGUUCGCCCCCGACAAGUUCGACGCCGUCUCCCGUGCUUCUUGAAGAUCGUGUUCGUGUACUACAAACUCCUGUGAAGAGCAACGCCGUCAUCGUAGACAACAUUCCCGACUCUGACGACUGCGAUGGCCCGCCCAUAACAAGCACACCGAAAGUCAGCAAUGGCCAUUGCGGCAACAAAAGGCCAGCUACUCUUCCCGUCAACGGAGGAACGGGCCCAGUCUGCCAUCGCAAGCCGCCGCCUGUUCCUCAGCAGCAAAAACAGCAGCAGCAAGCGUCGCAGCCGCUGCUUCUCCGGCCGCCCAAGCCGGUGCCCCCGCCCCGAUCCCGGUCUCCACUCGAUCCAGCCGAGUAUCUUGAGCGCAUCACGGGCUACGCGACGGCGCGGCGGCUGGCUCAGACACUACCCAAACCGCAAGUCCAGCUGCCCGAACCGCACAUGUCGCCUGCUACCGGCCGCCUUGUAUCGUCGCGGCGUCGAUUCUUCGAGAACCUUCAGCGGCAGCAAGAGCAGCAGAAGCGCCCGAACGACGCAUCCGCUGCUCCAGGCACGACAGCCGAAGAGUCGGCAGAACGGCUGCUCGGGUUCCGCGCUAGCGCGCAGGCGGCGCGCGAGAGUCUGGCCAAGAGCUCGCCGGAUCUCGCGGCGCUCGAGGCGGACGCUUGGCGCAGCCGCAGGCUGCACGAUCGAUGGCCGCCUCCUUCAACGGAGCCGCAGCAUGCACCGCGGCAGGCUACAGGAACCGAACCGAUCGGCACCGCCGCAGUGCUGCCGCCCCGGAGCCCGGCGCCGGCCGUGCAUCCAGACAAGUUCAACCGGCUCGUCGAGCAGACGCGCAGUCGCUACGCACGACGCCGCUGUGGACAGCCCGCGCACGAUGAACGCCGCCGCAGCAGGAGUCUGGGCUACCUCGAGACCGACGUGGACACGCUCUGUUGUCGCCAGGUGAAAUCUUCCAUUUCCGCUGCCGAAGGGGCCGAAGAAGACACCGGCCAGAACUGCGACGAAGCAGACGACGCGUACUUGAACCGCACCCGCAGCAUGGACCGGUUCCUCGAGGACGGCACCGUGGGCUGCCCGCUGCUGGGCGACGAACAGCGAACCAAGUCCGAACACGAGCUCCGCAUCGAGCGCUCGCUCCAGAAGCUCGAGCUACCCGAAUGGUACACGCGGCGCGGCAAGCCGGCCGAGACGGGCAUCCUGCGGGCGCGGCGCGACUCCGUCUCGUCCACGGGCCGAUCCGGCUGGCAGGGGCUGGGCAGCCGCACGCCUUCGACCGCGAGCCUGGCCGCCAACACUCCAGACAGCCGCAACCUGGUCAUCCCCAAGCGAGUGACAGCGCCAGACUGGCGAUGCUGGCAUGCGUCGCGCGAGUCCCUCACGUCCAGCCCCGGAUCACACGACGGAGGCGGUUCCCUCAGCCGCUGGGGCAGCGUCAGCAGUGCCCCUGCGGCAGCCUGGUCCUACAGAUCCAUGCGGCAGCCGUACCUCGGCUGGCGUGCCGCUCCCAGCACCGGUACCACAACUCCUCUGUCUUCCGCGGGCAGCCGACCCGUGUCUCCUGGAGGCGGUUGGACUACGCCGUCGGCUUUCGAUUACAACCAGCAGCAACAGCAUCACCAACAACAGCUGCAAGAACAGCAAGAGCACCGACAGCAGCAGCAGCAGCAGCAGUCGGCGUCACCGUGCAUUCCUCGGGACCGCUACUCAUACGUUCAAGGCAUCUACGGGGACGGUGGUGGUUGGAACGUGGAACGCGAGGACGAUUCGGAGGCCGUCUGCCCCUCGGUGAUCAGUGACAUCGGUGUGCCGUCUACGUCCGCGUCUUCGAACGGUGCCGCCAGGCCCGCCGUGUGGAUGGAGUCUUCUUUCGUGGGCUCCAAACCGGUGUCGACAUCUUCUGUGGUGGCCGCUCAGUCGCCCGCCGCGCCCGCGCUCGGUGAGUACGGUCGCAGUGUCGGCAUCACGCUGUGAGCGGCGACGCCACGCCCUGGGCUCUCUUGUGUCCUCUCCCGCGCACCAUGCCAUCCGGGCCUCGUGAGACGCUCGCAUGGCAAGGUGCGACGGUUUCACACACCCGCCGUCACUAUCGAAAUUGUCGUAGAGUGUUCAGAUUUAUCGGGUUUCUGUUGCUUUUUGGCCGAUAAGAUUGUAUUGAAAUUUGUCCGCGACUACUGCCAAUCUCAGGACGCGGCUUCUGUACGGGCUUCGCGUUCCGCCGGAAUAGCGUGCCGACGAAACCUCUUGAAGCCGUACCUCUCACACCAUUUGAUGGCUUGUUGCAAGAUUUUUAACAAGGUCUUCGGCUUGACUUUGAGUAUGAGGUAUUCCUUCGAAAGGACAAAAGUCUUUUCGCGGAAGCAAAAUAAUGGUUCGACGCAGAACCGUCUGUAGAGGGGUCUGAACUCCUCCGCAGAUGGUAUUGGAUUCGUGCCAUCAUGCGUUGUAGCUUGACAUCUGCCAUACAACAGUUUUAUUGAAUUGCAACAAAUCUGAUCAUUCCGGCGCAGCUAUCCAACUGAGAGCGUCCGGCUUGAAGUGGUUUCACGCUUCUGCUGGGUGUUACAUUGUGAGAGCCAUGCUUGAUGAAAGUUCGAAGAUUUUGACCGUAGUCGGAACAAAAAAUGUACAACAUCGCAUCGAAGAAUGGGGCACAACAAUGUGAGCUCGGGACCUUCAGCACAUUUUGCGCCCCAUUUGGUGGGCUGGAGAGCUCUAAUGUGACAAGCGUGAGUAGGGAGCGUGCUCCGGCGUUUCCCUAUCGUCUCCAGAAUCUGGCAUACGUUUCACCGCGCCGGAGCCGGUGCUGGAAAGUCAGGCUGUCGCAUUAUGGCGCCUCUGUCAUUGACGAUUGUACAGUUAUGCUAUGUGAGGUUCUAACUGUACCCUGUUGAAAGGAUGCGAAAGUUCAGUGUUACUGCAUUUAAAUAAAUCUCGUAAUGUGCGUGUAACAGCUGCCGUGCACUCUGACUACUAUUUAGGUCAUGGUUUAAAUGUAUGCAAGGAAUGUUCUGCAGACUGUGAAGUUAUUGUCAGGCUCCCGAACGUCUAUCGGCUGCAAGCCUUGACGCACAACCGUCGCGUUCUUUCGGCAACGACAUGCUCUCAUAGUGUGACACCUGUUGCAACAAUCCCGGCGUGACUCAUCUGCGGCGCGCGACGAUAGUGGCGGCGAGCUUUCUAGCCGCGAGACCUCUAAUCAAGGCUGCCCUACUUGAAGUAGCAACGCUCAGUAAGCUUCCGAACGCCGAUGCCAUGCAGAGCGGCGCGCUUCGCGGGGGAUUGCGAACACUGCACUAUCUGCUUCCGGCGUAGCUUUUUCUUCGCUUCGCAGCUGAGAAAAGGGUGCGCUUGUUUCUCUGACUCUCAACCUGUGCCUGUUCGCAAUGAAAGAAAAACGGUAUCUCGGUUUCGAGGAGGUCCGCAAGCCCGCGUAAGCGUGACGUCUGUUGGUGUCAUUCGCCGUAUUGGCACAUUUCUGAUAAGGCGCGCCCUUCGUGUCUCUGAAGCGUUCGGUCUGAUCACCGCGAACGUCGCGUGUAGGCUGCGUAAACGGCUUCCGCGCAUUUGCGACAGGACCUUAAGUACACCUUGCUGCAUUGGAGAAUACGAUAUUAUUGCCGUAGUAGCUACAUGGGGGCAUAGCGUUGCCAGAAACACCGCGCUACGGCCUCGAACGAAUCGUUUCCGGAGUUUCAAAGCGAGUGGGCGCAGAGCGAAGAACCGAAAGUGAUUGAGCAUUGUUUGAACGUUUCUCCUGAACGAGGAAAGAAGCCGCCAUAAUGUAGCAUUACCCCCUGUAUUCAGGGGCGGUUUUACAUUUUGGCGCGCUACUUCUCGCGCCAGUCGUUUUAUAUAUAGCCUGCUUUUUUUUUUUCUUUCUUUCUUUUUUUUUUCUUUUUUUUUUUUCCUGUACUGCCACCUGUCAUUGCUACCUUGUCUCAAAGAUAUGGGUGGCUGCCAUGUCUCCUAUAACACACUGUCGCUGUUCCGCGCCUGCCAAAGAAUCUCAGUUAUGGCUUUCGUCCCGCGUUCUUUCGUGUACAUACUGAACAAUAGCUGUCCUGCUUCUGCUUAUAGCGCAUAAUUUAUUGAAGCGUUUGUGUCGUCUUCAGCUAUCAGCCUGCCUGUGCCACCUCUUUUUUUUUUUUCCGUCCGCUGCUUCUGUUCCUAGUGGAUAUCGUAAAGUAUGGUAAAGUAAAGAUGCAGCAAAUCUUACUUCAAACGCUUAGACGAGUUAUAUAGCUACGUGUACUGUAUACGGUUGUUGUACGUGUUUUUUCACGUAUAUGCAGUGAGAGUUUGUUGCGUAUAAAAGGAAAGACACAAACGUCUUGUUCCACGCAAAGAAAAAAAAGUAUAUAUAAAUAUAUAUAGACACAUAUAUACUAUAGCGUCAUGGCCGUCACCACUGAUGUUUCAGCAGCGCUCCUCCUUUGCCGUGCUGAAUUUAGUUUAUUAUUUUUUUUCCCCUAUCACAUUGCCUUCAUUGCAUUGUUCUCGUGAAUUUUCCGGGGCAGUAGUAGCAGGAGUAGUACGAGAACAGCUUCGCGUUUGUACGGCGCAUCUACUUUUUUUUUUUUUUUCUACAACUCUAUCUCGCGUCUUUAUAACCCCCAGGAAUUCCAGGGUCGCAUAUGAUAUAAGCCCGCAACCUUCGCCGUUCGUUCUGUCGCCCUCCGCCGGACGAUUGUCGACGGUGUGAAACACAAGCCCCCCGCUCCAGGCCUUUCUCCACCCCAACUGCCUCAUGCUCUUGCAUGUGUUUUUUUUUUUAGGGAGAAAGAAAGAUUACUUAGUAAGGCCGCCCUUUUACGCCGUAAUUCGAGGCACAGGUUGAGAACGAACCGCAGUGGCAGGUUUCGUGACGUAAUCAAAACAGUUAUUGCUAUGUUUCGAUAGGUGUUUGUAUAAAGGUUUUACAUCCCCCGGUGGUCAGGAGCACUGGAGGUCAUUCACGUGACAGUGGACGCCAGUGGAAGCGGCUGCCUCUUUUGCCUUACAUAACACUCAAUCCACUCCGCGCUUCUCCUUUUCGUUUUUCCUUCUACAUGUCUGUCCUCACUCACAUCAUGCAUGUUGUCAGCGUCGUGGGCUGGUCUUGACCAGCGAGUCAGCCAUAGCACAACAUGUAGCAUCGAGAACGCCUCAUCGCAAUUUACCGUGGUGUAGUAACUUCUGAGACCAACGGCUACUGACUUAUGGUGGCAUUUGUUUAUCGUUUAUGGCUCUAUUUGGGCUCAGUAACGCAGAACCACUAGCGUAGCUACUCCCCCGUCUUGGAGCCUCAAAUCAACAACGGCGUUGAUUGAAUACUGUCCACGUAGCGUGUCACACCGCUAGUUCUUUGGAAGGCCCGCUCUGAGCCAGUCUCGCUCUGGUGAACGUGACACCCACGGGAUGCGCAUGAAGCUGCGCUGUCAUAUUACGUAUGAGCGAGACGCCCCCCCCCCCCCCCCCCCCUCUCCUCCUCGGGAGUGUACACGAGAACGACGACGUUUAUUUUUCUGGUUCUUUCUUAAAAGGUAAACCUGAAAAAAGCUUCCUUCUUUAUACAUACAUAUAUUUAUGUGUGUGUGUAUAUAUAAAAAGUACAUCGUGCGGCGCUGCGUUCUGCGCUGCUUUUUGCGCUCCUUAAAAAAUAUGUGCCCAAGAUCGCUUACGUACGUUCGAAUUUGAGUCUACUUACUUGUUUCUCCUAAUGGUAUUAGCUUUCAUUCGCUUCUUGUGCUGACAUCAGAUGCACAAAAUACAACCGCAUUUGUGGCACUGAAAGAAAUCGUUGCCUGUCAAUUCUGUCUGCGUCUCUCGGACUUUCAUUGCGGAGUUUUCCCUCAUUCUCACCUGUUAUCGCGAUAUUUAUGCAUCUUUUCGUUCUUUUAUCCUAUUUGCCGUAACCAGGCAUCGCCAUGCCGGCCGGUUCGAGAUUGCGUUUUCAUGCUUUUACACGGAGUGGCUUGGGUGUUUCUUUUCUCUCUCUCUCUCUUUCCGUUUUAUUUUCUUUUUUUUUCUUUUUUUUUUUCUUUUUUUUAUAGUGUCGUGAAGUCGCGCGGCCUUUUCUGACGCUGUUAAGCUUUAUUUAACCAUUUGUUUACGACGUUAAAAAAAAUUCUUAUGGGCGGGUCAGCUCGUUCUUUUUUAUACUGUUCUGAAAGAGGCAGCCUGUUUAUACAUGUGUACAUGCAUAUGCCGUUUAUACAUAUAUGUGCAUAGACAAGCCGUCUAUAUCGGAUACGUCUGAACAUGCGUGCUGUUUAUCACGGUGCUUUAUCUUCGGAAAUGUUACAGGAAGUCAACCUUCGACCGUGUCGCAAUUAUUAGCUUAGUUCUUGCGAAGCCUCUUCCGCCUUAUAUCCCUCCGUUUAGCAACUCCGCUCUUCCAUGCAGGAACACGAUUUAAAAAAAAACAAGAGAAAUUAGGGUGAGGAUCACGUGUCUGACGUUCCACGCGAACCUCCUUCCCUUACCGAAGACAAACACUCGCGACGCCAUUAUCGCCUUGUAUACACUUGCGUGCGUUGCGUGCUUAAGUCGUCCGCGUUGGCGGCGGAUUAAUGGUGGGAAAGGGGCUCGUCCCUUGUACUACCGCUUGUUGGUUGUUCGUCUGUGCUCGCCCAUCCUACGCUGGCCCCUAUUUCUUAUUCUGCCCCGCCGCAGACGUCGUAUCUUCGUCGUCGUCGUGUUUACGUUAGCUCUGUGACAACAAGGGCUAUUGCAUCGCUUCGCAGAAGCAGCGAACGGACGAAAUUAUAGCCGUCGUCUGUUCAAGCGGACGACUUGAGCAGGCGACGACGUAAACAGAAAAAAAAAAGAAAAAAAAAAAUACCGGGGCCGGGCGCGAGCACUUAGCACUUGCGCGCUUUUCUGCUGUUUGUGUUUGUGUUGCGACCGCGUGGGACGUGUAAUUCUUGUUUCUAUUUUUUUUUUCUCUCGCUUUCUGUUUCGUCGUUCUCGUUUUCUCGUUACUGUUCACAUUUCUGCGAAUUGCUGAUCCUGCUGCGACUUGGCGGCGGACGACAGGAGAAGUGAAUGAGACGGUGUGGGGGCUAAGGACAGUGACUCGGCCUCCUCCUGUCGUCUACUGCUAACGAGCUGUUCCGUCAUGUUGUUGUUGUUGUUUUGUUUUUGUUUUGCCGUUUCUCUCUUCUGGCUGCUGUGUCUGUAUGUUCCUGUAAAUGGCGCUAUUCGUUUCGGCCGCACCCGAUGCUGUUAUUAGCGCAGUGUGUGUAUGUGUGUGCGUGAUGGCUAUAGUUUUCGGCGUGGCGGCAGAUUCGCUGCAGCGUGUAGUUGUAGCUGACCAGAGGCGCUUUUCUGUGCAGUCCUCGUCAGAGGUCGCGACGAUCGGUGGCACGUGAUGUUAAUUGACAUCUUCAUAAUUGAACCAAAUACGCGAUUCGUUUGUUUAUAAAGGUGCGCGAGUUGUAAUCUCCCGCCACGCCGAAAGCAACACGAAGCCAUGCUAUACGGGCACCGUGUGUGUAGCCAAAAGGAAUGGUCGUGUUGUGUAUAAUGAUGCUGUUGGUGUGUCUGGUGGACGUUGGUGGCCUAUUCUACGUAUGUACUGCGUAAGUUACCUAUACAUAUACUAUAUACAACGUGUUUCGCGAGUGAACAAAAAAAAAAAUAGAGUGAAAGAGGUUGUCGCGAGAAAAAAAAAAAGUGAGAGAGAAAGAGAAGCAAGAGAGAACUUGCGUAGUAUAGUGUUGCUCACGUGUAUACUUGCAGUUGUUUAUUUUAAAUAAUGAAUAAAAGCCAUAUUUCCCCUUUG